AUGACUCUUUAUAGUUAUGUAUAUCAUGGAGGUGUGGGCCCAUGGAGAAUUUAUCUGAAAGGUAUAUAUGGGCAGGUUCAAUUGGAAUCCACUACACACUGGACUUUGCUUCAGCGAAAUGCAUAUGGUCCAUCAAAAUAUACUGGUAUGCUGCAAGCAACCAAGGAGAUCUUUAGAGAGGAAGGCUUACCGGGCUUUUGGCGUGGUAAUGUACCGGCCCUGCUUAUGGUUAUGCCAUAUACGGCAAUGCAAUUUAUGGUGUCGCACAAGAUCAAGACAUUUGCUUCUGGUUCUUCCAAGUCAGAAGAUCAUAACAAUUUAAGUCCAUAUCUUUCUUAUGUUAGUAAAGCAUUAGCAGGCUGUGCAGCCACCAUUGGAUCAUAUCCAUUUGAUCUUCUAAGAACAAUUUUAACUUCAUAG